AUGCCUUGGUAUCAUGUGGCCGAUCCCAAUUCGUACCUCGUCGUCACCGGCGUCGGUAUCAAUGGGGUUAAGAUCGCGAAGAAGGCCUUCGUCUACCCCUUUCAGAAGUAUAUCACCAUCUCGGUCACGCCGUUCGACUUCUCCAUGAGCUUGACGGCCAUGACGAUCGAGAAGCUCAAGUUCUCGCUCCCGGCCGUCUUCACCAUCGGCCCCGAGGACACGAUUGAAUCGAUGACCAAGUACGCCGUGCUCCUCAGCGGCGAGUCGGACAGCGUGGCCGAGACCAAGGGCGGCGUGCGCAGCGUCGAGGCCGGCCGCAGCCACGUGCAAAACAUCGUCAAGGGCGUCAUCGAGGGCGAGACGCGCUCCAUCGUGUCGACCAUGACCAUGGAGGAGCUGUUCUCGGCGCGCAAGGUCUUCAAGCAGAAGGUCAUUGAAAACGUGCAGAGCGAGCUGGACCAGUUCGGCCUCAGAAUCUACAAUGCAAACGUCAAGGAGCUGCAAGACACGCCCGGCAGCGAGUACUUCGCCUACCUGAGCCGCAAGGCGCACGAGGGCGCCCUCAACCAGGCCAAGGUCGACGUGGCCGACGCGCGCAUGCGCGGUGAAGUCGGCGAGGCGGAGAAGCAGGGCAAGACGAAGCAGGAGAUUGCCAAGAUCCACGCCGCAACGGCGGUGCUGGAGACGGAGCGCAAGGGCGAAAAGGCCUCGGCCGACGCCAAGUUGACGGCAAAGGAGAUUGAGAUCGAGCAGAGCCUUAAUUUGGCCCGUAUCGACGCCACCCGCGCCGCAGAGAGCCGCGACACGGAGCUACAGCGUGACCUCGAGCGGAAGCGCGCCGAGAUGGAGCUGGAGCGCCUGCGCGCGACCACCGUCACCAAGGCCAAGAUCGAGCGCGAGUCGGCCCAGCAGCGCGCUGACGCCGAGCUGUACUCGCAGGAGAAGGCCGCCGACGGUGCGCAGUACCAGCAGCGCGCCGACGCCGAGGCCCACUACUACAAGAUCACCAAGGAGGCCGAAGCCGCGAACCUGCAGCGCCAGCGGGAGGCCGACGCCAACUACUACGCGCGGACCAAGGAGGCCGAGGCGAGCUUCUUCGCACGCAAGCGUGAGGCCGACGGUCUGAAGGAGAUGGCCUCGGCGUACGGCGAGCUCGCCAACGCGCUGGGCGGUCCACAAAACUUGCUGCAAUAUUUGAUGCUCCAAAGGGGGACUUAUGAGGCUCUGGCGCGCGAGAAUGCCCGCGCUAUCAACGGGCUACAGCCCAAGAUCAACGUCUGGAACACCGGCGCCCAGGGCGACGCGGCCGCCGACCCCACGGCGCCCAUCAGGAAUCUGUUCCAGAGCCUACCCCCGCUGCUCAGCACCAUCAACGACCAGACGGGCAUUUCGCCACCCAGCUGGUUGGCAUCCAUGGGCGACCAGCAGCAACAGGCACAACCCCAGCAACAGCAGCAGCAACAGCAGCAGCAGCAGCAGGAUGCGUUGGUGAAGCAAAAGCAGGUGACCAACGGUCGUUGA